GAAAGUGCCUCACAAAGAUGUUUGUUCAUAGCGCAUGGAUUGCGAGAGGAUUUCUAAUGGGCUUGUUGCUUAUUUGGACAUAUCCUACAACCCUGGGAUGAUACAUAUCACACGAGAUAAAAAACUGAAAAGCACUGAGGAUAAACUGAACGCUUUGCGUGAGUUACAGAUGGAUGUAUGAAAAAAACAUUCUCUGGAUUAAAAUCAAACCAUUAUUUUGGGGAAAGGUAAAAUGACUGAGUGGAGCAUAUCGCGUUCCACAUUCUCAAAUCUGCCCUAAAACUAAGGGAUUAUUGUCUCAUAAGAUGGAUGUACAAAAGUCCGAGGACGCGUCCGGGUCGGAAAAACCGAAUCCAACCGUCAUUGACUUGGGAACCUUUUUCGUGGACUCAGAUAUAAUAUUUGGAUUUACAAGUCAUCUUUUAAGACGGAAAGCAAAGCUUGAUGGCACUUCCAGUACAGAGUCUUCUUCCUGCUCUUCCUCCGAGCCCAGUCCGAGACAGAGGCGCUGUGGGAGCAGACCGCAGCCCGAGGGCGCGCGCUCAGUCAGCAUCGCCGAGACGGACCGGGACGACGUCACUAAAGCCGCAGACUUGUGCAAGCAAUGCCGUGUGACUGUGGAGGAGCUCAAGAGGCAAGCACUUGCCCUGACCGAGCCAACAUCUCUGCAGGACCCUGGUUUUGCCACUUUCCUCUUUGACCAGCUACAGUUGCCAGACUGGCCAGCCCAGGGUGGGCAUAAGGGGUUAAGAUGCCCGGUCUGUGCCACCCCCAUGCAACAUUUGAGACAGCACGCUUUACAGGAUCUCCAGGAGCUGUGCCCUGAUGCAGACUUGCCAACAAUGCCGGCUCAGCCCUCUAAAACCUUUCCUGGGCAGCCUACCAAAAUGACCACCCAUGGUGUGCUCACGCUCUCCUCCAGGUCCCCUGCAUCAAGAAUCCCUCACCCAGCCCAUAGUAUGGUGCCUGUGGGAGAGCAUAGGAGGGGUUUGAACUGGGCAUCCAGCACAAAGCCAAGUGUUCAGGUCACUGUAGGAGGAGGUGCUCUGGGUGGUGCACUUAGCUCUGUCACCAUACAGGCGCAGCAGUACCUGGAAGGCAUGUGGAGCAUCUCACGCGUCAACAACUUCCUGCCUCAGCCAAACCCGACACAUGGUCCUGUGGCUGAGCCUGAUCAGACUGCUCCACUCUCUGACACGGCUGCCAGUUCUGUCUCCAUUAACCCUACACGACAGAAAAGUCCAGUCCAAUUUGAUCCAGCUGUAACGCUGUCCUCUACCCAGCCUACCUCCACAUCCUUCUUCAUCAGGGCUGCACAGAAGCUGAACCUCUCGUCCAAGCGGAAAAAGAACCAGCCACCUAUGCUGCAGCCACCGGAGCCCUCUAUUUACCCCACCAACUUCAGCAGCAUCCUCCAGCUGUCCCCUCCACCCGCCCCACCAUGCCUGCUCAGGGCCAGUUCAAAGGCCAAGGAGAACCCUGGCAUGGGCAAGGUGAAGGUUAUGGUGCGGAUCUGUCCAUCUGUUGGAGUGCAGGACUCUUCAGAGUCUAUGUCUUUCCUUAAGGUGGACCAGCGGAAGAAACAGUUGACUCUAUAUGAGCCUUCGCUUCUAACUCAGCCCAGCUCGGGGCAUCGACAUACAGCUCUAGCUGUUCCAAAGAUGUUUGCUUUCGAUUCUGUCUUCACCCAAGAUGCCUCACAGGCUGAAGUGUGCUCAGGGACCGUGGCUGAAAUUAUUCAAUCAGUGGUGAAUGGAGCAGAUGGAUGCAUCUUUAGCUUUGGCCAUGUUAGACUUGGCAAGACGUACACCAUGAUUGGCAAAGACAGCUCUUCUCAGAGCCUUGGCAUUGCGCCCUGUGCCAUCUCCUGGCUCUUCAAGCUCAUCAGUGAGCGCAGGGAGAAAACUGGCACUCGCUUUUCUGUACGUGUCUCGGCUGUGGAGAUCUACGGCAAAGACGAAGGUCUGCAGGAUCUGCUCUCGGAUGUCUCAACAGGCAGCCUGCAGGAUGGCCAGUCGCCAGGGGUCUACCUGCGUGAGGAUCCCAUCUGUGGCACACAGCUUCAGAAUCACAGUGAGUUGCGGGCCCCCACUGCAGAAAAGGCAGCUUUCUUUCUGGAUGCAGCCCUCGCAGCACGCAGUACCAGCCAUCCUGAUACAGAUGAGGAGGACCGGCGCAACUCGCAUAUGCUCUUCACUCUUCAUAUUUAUCAGUAUCGAAUGGAGAAGAGUGGCAAGGGUGGAAUGUCUGGUGGUAGAAGCAGACUGCACCUUAUAGACUUGGGCAGCUGUGAAAAGGUGCUUAGUAAGAGCAGGGAUGGAGGUGGCGGUUUGUGUCUCUCCCUCACUGCCUUAGGCAAUGUCAUCCUGGCUUUGACAAAUGGAGCCAAACAUGUACCAUACAGGGAUAGUAAGCUUACAAUGCUGCUCCGUGAUUCACUUGGAAACAUCAACUGCAGGACAACAAUGAUAGCGCAUGUCUCUGACUCACCUGGUCAUUAUACUGAUUCACUCACCACUAUCCAGCUCGCCUCACGCAUACACCGCAUGAGGAAGAAAAAGUCCAAGUAUGCAUCCAGUUCCUCUGGAGGUGAAAGCUCCUGUGAUGAAGGGAGAAUUCGCCGACCCCCACAUUUAAGACCCUUCCAUCCACGGACGGUGGCCCUGGAUCCAGAUCUACCUUUACUAAUGAGUGAUCCAGAUUACUCCUCAAGCAGUGAACAGUCUUGUGAUACUGUUAUUUACGUUGGCCCUGGUGGUGCUACAAUUUCUGAUCGAGAACUCAGUGACAACGAAGGUCCACCGGCCUUUGUUCCUAUUAUCCCAUCCCUUAACAGAAAACAGCGUGGUAAAGAAGGGCCAACGGACCAAGACCAUUUUAAGUGCAACACCUUUGCUGAACUUCAGGAGCGACUGGAAUGUAUUGAUGGGAGUGAGGAACCAAGUGCUUUUGUUGGUGAAGUUAGAGGAUGCCAAGUAACUCCUAAGAUGGAUAUUAUCUCACAAAAGCCCAAAGAAGGGUCUUUUUCAGUUACAUUCAAUGCCUCUACCAAAACAUCUUCUUCUCAGCAGGACAACAUAUUGUGCAAACAUCCACUUACUGCUCACAGUAAACUCCUCGACAGCCCAAAACACAAAUCCAAAAAUGAACAUUCCAAAUUGCAAAAUGCUUCAGAUGGAGAUGUCCCUGUUGCUGCCUGUUGUAGAAAGUCAGAUAAUGCAAAGGGGGUGGAAACAGAUAGCUUAACUGCAUGCUCCCCUGGAAAUCAAGAUCCAGCAGCAGCAUUUCAAAACUCAGAGCCAGUGGUGAGAGAAAAGGUAUUCUUCAACAGGAAACAACUACCCAAACCUGCUCCUCCACCCCCCCAACCAAGAGACAGUACAAAGGAUAAUAGUGAAUUAGAAGAAAAGUGUGCCGUAAGGAUACCACCCAUUGGAAUGAGCCAUCAGGUACAGAAGCCAUGUGGUUCUGGCAGCAGCUCUCCUCUUUUGAGCAGGGUGCAUCAUCUAAACCCAAAGACCCCACUAGAGGUGUGCCAACUGUCCACACUUAGGGAGAGGGAUAUACUAAGGACUACAGUAACUCUGCAGCAACCAGUUGAGCUCAAUGGAGAGGACGAGCUGGUAUUCACCCUUGUAGAAGAACUAUCAAUUGGAAGUAUUAUGGACAAUGGAAGACCGUCCAGUAUUAUAAGCUUUAAUAGUGAUUGCUCUGUACAGGCCCUUGCUUCAGGAUCUAGACCAGUAAGCAUAAUUAGCAGCAUCAAUGAUGAAUUUGAUGCAUAUACAUCCAGUGUGGGUGCCUCUCAAGUAAAUAUUGAGAUGGUAGCACCAUUUCCAGAGGAAACGUGUGUCUCCUUAGACAGCCGUGGUUCUUCCAUCAGUUCUUGGCUUAGUGAAGUGAGUGUCUGCACUAUAGAGAGUGAAGGAGCACAAUCUGCAGAUGUUUUCCUUCCUGAUGGUACCCAAAUUGAAUCAGGAGGUACAUUUUACCUUGAUUCCCUUGGCAUGUUCCAAGCCAGUCCCCAGAAGGAACCCCAUAACUCCUUAAAUGAUAGUGGCUUUAGUUUCUCAGAGCUGGAUAGUGACAGUGCUACAUCAAGUAAACUUUCACUCAGUAAGUGCUCAUCCUCUCCAGAGUCCACAAAAGUGUCCAUCAGGAAUCAUUUUAAAAUGGCAAAACCAAAUAGCAUUAAUCAAUCUCCAACCCAGACUCUGCAAGACCCAUACAGUGUCCACUGCAGUCUUCCCAGGAAAAUGAAACCUACCUCAUCCCCAAUCCAGACCAGUAGCAUCAGUGGGAGCAGUAAUGGUAGCAGUUGGAGACGUGAACCAAUGAGGCUAGAGGGGAAGUCAGAUGACCCAUGGCAUCGAAAAGACAGUGUGCCAGAGUUGCCUGUGGCCUCAUAUUCAAGUCUUUCCUCUAAACAACUAAAAAAUGGAGUAAGUGGCAUACCCACUAGAAAAACAGGCACAGACUUUAACAGUAUUUCACGAAUUCCCACAACACAGGUGUCUACUUCAUCCCAAAGGGUGGUAGAUGGAUGUGAAAAAUCCAGCAGCAUUAAAAAAGUGGAGACACCCAGCAAAAUGCCACAGUUCAGAAGAGGUGCAACCACGCUUGGGACUGUUCCUGUCAUUCAUACAUCUAUUGAUGUCAAGGUUGGUCUUGACAUUGGUUCAUCAGGUAGCUGGAAGUUUUCAUCUUUGGAAAAAAAUGAGAAAGCAAAUAAGCAGGACAUUGUUAUGCUGCCUGGUGGUGUAUUACCUCCUCCACCUCCAGUGCGUAAGUCCAGUCUGGAUCAAAAGAAUCGAAUCUUGCUACCACCAAGUGCCUUAAAAUCUGCCUGUGAGACAGGAAAGUCACUGGUACUCAGGCCUGCAAAGUCAGAGGAUGAAAAUGAUCUGCGGUACAGAGGAGACUCCCACAGUUUAAGAGCAUCCAAUUUGAGAUUAGAUCAUAGUUUACUAAAAGCAACAUCAAGUCUUAAAUCCAGAGGAGCAAGAGGGGAAGCUGGGCAGAUGUAUGGAAGCCAGGUAUCACUAGAAAGGUCUGACAGUUUAACAUCUUUAGGAUCUAAACCCAUGCUCAGUCGAGAAAACAGUGGGGCCAGCCUAAGUGGAAAGUCAAGCAAAUCUGUUACUAAAUUUGGCUCACCAGUUGCCACUUCUUCCCCAACUACUACCUCUCCAAAUAUUUCUGUUACACAGUUGAACAUGGGAAAAAAUGGGCAGAUCAAAAACAGCCUUAACGCAAGACCAGUGCCUGUAAAUGGAAACAAAGCUCGCACAUUAUCUGCAAGCAAUUCCAAAGCCCUAAGUUCCUCAACUAAGUCUCUGACAACAUCUGCAACAAGGAAUGCUAACCUCCCACCUUCAGGAAAGAGUGCAUUACCUCGUGCAGGCACUGGAUGUAAUGGUAAAUCUACAAGGGGAACUAUAAUGGGUACUAAGCAAGCCAUGAGAGCAACUAACUCUCGAGUUGGUGAGCUGGCAUCAGGUAGUCCUUCUGGAAAACAACCAAGAGGAUCUGGCGAUUCUGACAGUGGGAACGACAGUGGUGUGAACCUUAAUGAAGACAAGCAUACACCUAUCCCCAUCCUGCCUUCUCCUUAUAGCAAGAUCACUGCUCCAAGACGUCCACAGAGGUAUAGCAGUGGGCAUGGAAGUGACAACAGCAGUGUCUUGAGUGGAGAGCUGCCCCCGGCAAUGGGGCGAACUGCACUGUUCUACCACAGUGGAGGAAGUAGUGGGUAUGAGAGUAUGAUCAGAGACAGUGAGGCCACUGGAAGUGCCUCUUCAGCUCAUGAUUCUAUGAGUGAAAGUGGGAUUUCUUCCAAUAUGCGACUUAGGAGCUCGAAGCCACCCAAAAAGAGAUCAAAUGGCAUUCAGAGGCGGCGUCUCAUACCUGCUCCUUUACCUGACACCACCUCACUGGGAAUGAAGACCGGAGCCACAGGCCAGUGGGUGGACCUGCCUCCUAUAUCUGGCCCAUUGAAAGAGCCAUUUGAAAUCAAGGUAUAUGAGAUUGAUGAUGUAGAGAGGUUACAGCGCCGGAGACAAGAACAGCCAGCAGAAAGCUCAUAUUUGCACUCUCCUGUUUUUCUACAGCAGUCAGUUCAGGAUGUUGAUAAGGGUCUGCUGUAUUUUAACACAAAACUGAAGGAUGUUGAGCGGCGGCAGCAACAGAUCAGAGAUCUCAGAAUUAAAUAUAAUACUCUAAAGGAAGAACUGGAGGACACCAAAGCCAGACUGAUGAUGGACCCCAGAAAGUGGAUUGGAGAGUUUGAGGUGGACCAGGACUUGGAUCCGGAAUCGCAGGAGUACUUGGAGGCACUUGAGCAAGUCACGAGUGAACUGGAGUACUGCGUCAACCUAUGCAAGUCACGUGUUAUGAUGGUGACCUGCUUUGACAUCAGAGUAGCAUCGGAGAUUCAAGAAGGACCGCGAGAGGUGGAGGUAUGAAAACAGGAUGGAAUCGAUGUAGAGAUAAAUGACGAGGUGUAGAAGUAAGAAAGAAUCUUGAAAGUCUGAAUGGAAGGAAAAUGAAAUGUAGCAGCCAAUUCACUGAUACGAAGAACUAAAAAAGACAAAGAUUACACUUAAAAGACUGGAGCACUGAACACUACAUAGAAGAGGAUUGUGUUAUCUUUGAGAAAUGACUGGUACUGGUAAUAUAGUGUGCCUCGCUCUGUGUAAUGGAUUUCAGAUGAAAGAAAAAGCAACAACCUGAUAUUUUUGGAUCAUCUAAUAUUGAAACAAGAUUGUCAUCAUUCAGCCAAGAGUUUUUUCUGCUAUACCACAAAAGUGCCUUUGUGAUAUAAUUUCAAUCAUUAUUUUUUGUAUUGGUGCUAGUGCUCUAACCAGCAUACCUAAGCCAACCCUUAACAUAUUACAUUUAAGAAGAAUUUUUUUAUAUUGCAUUGUAUAGUGUAUUUAUAUGAUUAAACAGUCUGUAAAAUACCAUUUUUUGUGAGAAUAUUAAAGGCACGAGGAAAAGUGAGCAAUAAGCUAAUGUUAUUGCAUUUUUCUAGACAUUGCCGUUCUCCUGUACUAUCACCUUUUCGCAUUUUGUCAUCCAACCUCUGGAGCCUUAUGUUCUCUUUCUAGUAACUAUGUGUGACUUCCUAACUUACAUAUCAAGCCAAUCUGUGAUGUCCUUUAAAGAGCUAUGUUUGUAAUACUGUUGUAAGUCAACCACUGCCAGCCUCGGUUGAACCCACACUUAAUAUAAAUCCCUUCAACUUUGACUCAGUUGCCUUGUGUAAUUUAAGGUAAAACAUGACACACAAUCAUAAUUGUAUAAGAACACAGUCUAAUAUGAGUGAUGUAUUGCAUUUGGUGUUCAUUUGAAGUCCCUCCUAGUCUUUCUUUAUUCGAUUUGAAUGUACAUAAGGAUUUGAAAAAAUAAAAAUAAAUGCAAUGAGAACCCAAAAAGCAAAGCCCAAAAGGCGACUUAUCUAGCUAUUUAUCUAAUUUGCAGUUUAAUCCAGUCAUUUUGCAUGACCAUGCAGUGCAAUCUGAUUUAAAAAUAAUGUUAGCUCUGGUUCUUGUUUACAUUUACUGAGACUGCAGCAGUGUGAAUUCAUCUUUGGGCUCUGUAGACUAGCUGUUAUUUGCAUAAAUCAGCUCAUGAAUCAUGCAGGCUGACAGACUGUGCAGAGUUCUACGAAGACUGAGAUGUCUCCUAGUAAGCACCUAAUCUAAAAAUAGUUUGAAAUACAUAAGAAAUACUGAUCAUAACCGUCCAUUGAAAAUAAGGAACUGAAAUAUUCAUCAUUUCCAUUGUUAUAAACCAUGUACUGAUGAAAGUGACGAUACAAAACUGCUACUGCUACAGGUCUUUUAACAUUGUUUUAAUGAACCACUGUGGAUAAGAUACACUGGAGUACUAGUGCCAGGCAUUGGUUCUAUGCAUUUUUGUAACGUUCAUGUAGAACCCAAAAAUGCUUUUGCCUUUAGCACAAAUGCACUGGCCUUAUUUGGACUUUCUGAGCAUUUCUUUCUGCCUUUUAAUCUUUACUGAUUAACUAGUCUAAAACUCUUACAAAUACCUCUAUACUCCUGAUGUCAUGGAGGCAACUGUACAAGUGUAGUUUGUCCACAAUGGCUGUUUGUUAAAUGUCUUUCAAAAUAUAUUCGUAAGCGACUUUUGCAUACCAGCAUAAUUACGAAGGCGGUUAUCAGAUCGUGUUAAAAAACCUUUUCCUUGUUAACCUUUACAAGUAUACACACUCAGGCCCUUUCUUACAAUGCUGCAUGAGAUUUUUUUUUAUUUCUUAGAUAUGUUCAUGUUCAUUUUUACAUGUAUUUUUUAAUGACAAUGCUGGAGUUCACUGUCAUGGCAGUUAUAAACAUGAAUUAACCAACUAACACCAAACAAAACUUUUUUAAUUCUAAAUGUAUGUCAUAUUUCAUAUCAGAUCAUAUUUUCUAAUGUUUUUCGGUUUUUGUAACAGAUUUUCACACUGUGUAAAAAAUGUAUGAUAUGGCAACUUGGUAUGACUUUUUUUCUGUUGUGAAUAAAAAACAUGUUCCUUCUUA